UUCCAGCCUCAGAACCCCCUCUCUGGAGCUCAGCAGUUUGUGGCAAAGGAGCCCCAGGGUGAUGACGACUUGAAACUUUGUUCACACACCAUGAUGCUUCCCACUCGAGGUCAACUUGAAGGGAGAAUGAUCGUGACUGCCUAUGAGCACGGGCUGGACAAUGUCACUGAGGAGGCCGUCUCUGCUGUGGUCUAUGCGGUGGAGAAUCACCUCAAAGAUAUUCUGACCUCAGUUGUGUCGAGAAGGAAAGCUUACCGGGUACGGGAUGGUCAUUUUAAAUACGCCUUUGGGAGCAACGUGACGCCACAGCCAUACCUGAAGAAUAGUGUGGUGGCUUACAACAACUUGGUUGAAGGCCCUCCAGCCUUCUCUGCUCCAUGUGCCAGUCAGAGCCCAGCGUCUCAGCCACACCCCGACGAUGCUGAGCAGCAGGCUGCAUUCCUAUUGGCCUGCUCGGGGGACACGCUGCCUGCAUCUCUGCCUCCAGUGAACAUGUAUGACCUGUUUGAAGCUUUGCAGGUACACAGGGAAGUCAUUCCUACACAUACUGUGUAUGCCCUUAACAUUGAAAGGAUCAUCAUGAAACUCUGGCACCCCAAUCACGAAGAGCUACAACAAGACAAAGUCCACCGCCAGCGCCUGGCCGCCAAAGAAGGACUUUUGCUCUGCUAAAUUAGAAUUUGAAGAUUUGGGACCAUCACUAAAUUAAUUGGUUGCUGAAAAUUGAAUGCUUUUGAGUCCACAUUUCAAAACUGAAGUGUAUAGUGUAUGUAUAACCUUUCCUAUGGAAAUGUGACAUUUGAGUGCAUUUUGUGUUGCUACUGUGAAGCCAUUAAUAUGUCUGACUGAUGACCUGGGUGUCUGUGUCCCCACGUAUAGGAGCAGUCAUUGGUCUGUGUCUGAGUAGGGAUCUUAAGACACCUGAGGUGUAUCUGGUCUGUCAGUAAUUAGGUGACAUCGUAGAAUAAAGAUGCUGUGUCCGUUCAGUCCCAUGAUUAGCAGGACCACUGUGUGUUCAGUGAUGUAUGUUCUGUAUCUGGCAGCGUAAAAUCUGCUUUUCCUAAAGAACUAUUCUCUGCAUAUUGGUGGAAUAGCCUAGUGUUCAUCAGAAUCUUUUAGUGACUAGUUAGCAACCGAAGUUCCCAAGCAACCCGUUUUCACUCGAGAGAGCAGGAUUUAGAUAUGUGCUUCUUGCUUUGCUUUAAUACUUGAGUCCAAUUCUUAGAUGUAGUUAUCCUUACAGAGCUUUCAGUAAUUUCCUUGUUUUAGCUGACUGACAAGCUUGUUAAUCCUAUAGAAUGUUUUCAUGAAAUCUUACAAACUAAUUUUCCUAUUUCUACAAAAUGUCUGUUUUAUCCUUUCAAGUGGUACUAUGAAUUUGUAUCUGACAGUGUUACUGGUAACCAACUUAUUUUAAAGCUAUGUUGCUUUUUACUCAUGUAGUAUUGAUGGGUAAGUGAGAUGUAUAGAUGGGUUUUUAUAGGCCUAAACAGUGGAUACAUGUGAAUGUUUUUGUGUGUUCCUAUAUCUGAAUUUGGUUUUGUAUUUUAAACAUGACAAAUAAACAUUUU